AUGUCACUUUUGAAUACAGAAUUUGUUACAUUAGUUUCCUCGGAUAACUUCAAGUUUGUGAUUUCAAAAGACGUGGCAUCGAUUUCAUCGGUGUUACGUAAUUCACAAGGUUUCGAAGAAGGUAAAACAGGCAAAAUUAAACUAGAUAUGGAUGGUGAUAUAUUGGAAUGUAUUGUGGAGUAUUUGUACUAUCAUUAUAAAUAUAAGGAUUCAGUGACAGAAGGUAAGGACAUUCCUGAAUUUAAUAUCCCGACACAUUUGGCCCUUGAACUAUUGGUGAAAGCUGAUUAUUUAGAUAUAUGA